AUGGCCGAGUUACGGAAUUUGCUGAUCGCACAAACCGAUAAAAUCGACCAGCUCAAGAGAGUUCUAAUAAACUUUAAAAAAUUGGCUAAGGCUAACGUAACUUUGCCGAAGACACAAGGUCGAUUAGAGAAAGUGCAUACGCUAUGGGCAUCCUGUCAGGAGCUGCAUCUCAAGUUGUUGCAGACCACUACGAAGGAGGAUCAGAAGACGAUGUCGUACUUCUUGGAUGAGGAAUUCCUGGAAGCUGAGGAGAUCUACGACGAGACCGUCGACUACCUCCGAGAAACGAUAAGUCGAUUUACUGACCGUCAACCGGUUACUCUCGAUCGUAGUACUGACUCCUCGGUUCGCGAUAAUACUCAUGCCAACUUUCAUUUGCCACGGAUUACAUUACCUAAAUUUUCCGGUAGAUUUCUCGAGUGGGAGAGUUUUAAGAGUACAUUCGAGUCGCUAGUCGCAAAAAAUGACGCUCUCUCUAAUACUCAGAAGUUCCAUUAUUUGAAAACAAGCAUCAUCGGCGACGCCGCAUUAAAAAUUAAUAAUUUACGAAUUUCUGACGCGAAUUACGAGUCCGCGUGGCAACUGUUAGUUGAUGAGUAUGACGAUCGGUUAACGUUGAUUCAAUCGCAUUUGCAUGCGUUUAUGAAUCUGCCGAUUAUGAGAAAUGAAAAUGUCAUAGAAUUAAGCAAGUUGCGCGACACAGUGGCCGCGUCGAUUGCCGCGUUACAUAAUCUAGAUAGACCGGUGGAUCAAUGGGAUGAUAUUCUCGUGUACGUUGUCUCCCAGAAAUUUAGCGUUAAAACAAAGAGCGAGUGGAACUUGAAAGUCUCGUCGAGUCACGCGAUCCCUUCUUACAAGGACAUCCACGAGUUCCUUGCUCUUCGUAUUCGGGGUUUAUCCGAUUUUACUGACGUUGCAAAAAUUGCCGCAAUUUCUAAGAACGACAAGCCGCGAUCGUCUGUAAACAACGUUUCCGCUAUAAAAUGCAUUCAUUGUUCCGGUAAUCAUUUUAUUUCAAAAUGUGAAACAUUUCUCAGUAAAUCGGCCACGCAACGAAACUCUAUUGCGCGUCAAAAUAGAAUUUGCUUUCUCUGUCUGAAGCCGGGUCACAUGUCGCCAAAAUGUACAAGCAAGCAGCGAUGCUCCCACUGUCGUCGCCCUCAUCAUUCGUUGUUACAUUCCGCGAAUCAUCAAGCAUCGGCCGACGACGACAAGCCGGAAUCGAAUAAGACGGGCGCAGCGACGAUCGCGAAAACGGAUACAUCUUGCGUUCUCGAGAAAGCUGCCGUCGCGAGCGUUCAAACUGUGAAACCGCCAAGCGUUACGACUCCGACAGUUCUUCUCGCAACCGCGUGGGUCGACGUUCAUACUGCCGAAGGUAGAUGCUUCAAGGUUCGCGCGCUGCUGGAUCAAGGAUCCAAUUUCAGCUUCAUUUCAGAAGCGUUGUGUCAGACCAUGCGUGCGAAGCGACAACGAGCCGACCUACAGAUAAAAGGAUUCGGAGAGAAGUUUACUGGUUCAGCUAAAUCGCGAGUAUCAUUGCGGCUGACACACUGCGAUAAGUCAGAUCCCACGUUUCCUUUUACCGCGUACGUAUUUCAGCGGAUUACGUCUUACGCCGCGUCGCGGAUUCAGCCUGUCGAGUCGUGGCCUCAUUUAAAAGGCCUUUCUUUAGCCGAUCCGGACCCGUCAAGUAACCAUCAGAUCCACAUGUUGAUUGGCGCGGAUAUUUACGGCUCGCUUUUGAUGCGCGAUUUACGACAGGGGCCGCUCGGCACGCCCACUGCCCAGUUAACCGCACUCGGUUGGAUUAUUUCCGGGCCCACCGGAAAAGAGCAACGGGCUUCGACAGAAGCUGCCGUCUUGAACUGUGUUCUCAGUCAAGACGUGGACUCUCUUCUCCAGCAAUUCUGGAUGGAUGAAGAGAUCUCGUCACCCACUCCUCUCACUGACGAAGAGGAGAAUUGCGAACGACAUUUCGUUCGAACUCAUUAUCGUCACUCCGACGGUCGAUACGUAGUUCGACUGCCGUUUAAGUCAGCUCCGCCGAUCGAAAUCGGGGAAUCUCUGUCCAUCGCGCGGUCUCUCUACGGUCGUAUGGAGAAUAGAUUGAGGAAUCGUUCAGAACUCGGUUCGCAAUACAACGAGUUUCUUGCUGAGUAUGAGUCGCUCGGACAUAUGACCCGCGUAGACGAGUUGGAACAAACGGAAUAUUUACCGGUUUAUAUCCCGCAUCAUCCAGUGAUUAGGGAAGCAAGUUGUACUACUAAGUUACGCGUAGUGUUCAACGCAUCGUGUAAAACUCGAAACGGCACAACGCUGAAUGAUCACUUGUUAAUUGGACCUAAGUUACAGCAGGAUCUUCCUGCCGUUUUGUCUCGGUGGCGAAGAUGGCGCCAUGUCUAUACUGCGGACAUAGCAAAGAUGUUCCGUCAAAUUCGCGUUCAUCCCAAAGAUAUAGAUUAUCAGCGAAUUCUUUGGCGUCCGACGGAGGACGCGACGAUUCAACAUUAUCGGCUCCUCACGGUGACAUACGGUCUCGCUCCGGCUCCAUACCUCGCCAUGCGCGUGCUCAAACAACUUGCUCUCGACGAGGGCGUUAAUUACCCUGCCGCGGUUCCAAUCUUGAAUGAGUCCAUCUACGUGGAUGACACUUUGUUUGGAGCGAAUGAUAUUCAGACUUUAACAGAUACGCGCGAUCAAGUGAUAAGUCUUAUGAAAAGCGGAGGUUUUCAGUUAAGAAAAUGGGCGUCCAAUACGAUCGAGCUUCUCAAAGAUUUUUCGACCGAUAAAUCCGACGUCACCGAUCACCUCAUCCUAAAUAACGAAUCACUCAAAGUGCUCGGUCUUUCAUGGAUCCCUGCUGAGGACUCAUUUAGGCUUGUCGUGAAUUCAACCAUCCCAAUCGCUCCUACAAAACGUUCAAUUCUCUCUUUCGUUGCGAAACUCUACGACCCUCUCGGUUGGGCCGCUCCUGUCGUGAUCGUCGCUAAAAUCGUGUUACAGGAGUUGUGGCUAUUACAUUGCGACUGGGAUUCACCUCUACCCGACGAGGUGAAACAACGAUGGAGUGAUUUCGUUUCCGAAUUUAAUAAAUUGAAAGAAAUUCGUAUUCCGCGAUGGACAGGUCAGCACCCCGAUAAUCUCGCGAUCGAGGUGCACGGAUUCGCGGACGCGUCAAACCGAGCCUUUGCUGCCGUCGUCUAUCUUCGCGUGUUGCAUUCUUUAACGGAUUAUGAGAUCAGCUUAAUCGCUGCCAAGACAAAGGUCGCACCCGUUAAGACCGUGAGCAUACCAAGACUUGAGUUAAACGCGAUAGUACUUUUGAGUCGACUGGUGAAGUGGAUUUUAAAUUCACUCAAUUUAAGUGACGCUCCGAUUUAUUGUUGGACGGACUCCACGAUCACGCUGGCCUGGCUACGCCAGCAUCCAUCUAAAUGGACCACGUACGUGGCCAAUAGAGUAGCCGAGGUCCAAAACAAUUUGCCGUCGGCUAGAUGGGAACACGUGCCGUCGAAGGACAAUCCCGCGGAUUGUGCUUCUCGUGGCCUACUAGCAUCCGAAUUACCAACUCAUCCACUGUGGUGGACUGGACCCCACUGGUUAAAGGGGCCUUCCACGUCAUGGCCGACCCAUGACGUAGCGAUUCCGCUCUCUUCUGAUACCAUUCUGAAGAUUUCAAGUGAAAUUAAAAGGUCCCCUGUUCUUCAUAUGGAAGGCUCGGAAGAGUGGGAUUUAAUGUAUAAAUUUUCUAGCUGGCCUAAGCUCGUCCGUGUGACCGCAUACAUCUACCGUUUUCUCUCUUUGCUAGUCAAGAAAGGGAAGGAUAAAAUUCGCACCGCGUCGUCUCUAAGUGUCGACGAGCUCAAUCAAGCUGAGUUGUUUUGGCUUUCUUACGCUCAAGCCAGAUCAUUCGGUUGCGAUAUCGCAUCCUUGAAGAAGGAUCGAACUGUCACGAAAAAGAGUCCUCUGAGAACUCUGAAUCCAUUUCUCGGGGAAGAUUCUUUACUCCGUCUCGGCGGGCGGUUAAAAAAUGCCGCUCUUACGUUCGAAGAGCAGCACCCCAUUAUCGUUCCACAAGGUCAAAUCGCAUCUCUUCUUGUGGCUCAUGCUCAUAAGAGCACACUUCAUGGCGGAGUGCAGCUCGUGCUGCGCACCCUCCGCCAGAGAUAUUGGAUACUGGGUAGCCGAAACGCAGUAAAAAAUCAUGUUCGUCGGUGCGUCGUGUGCACUCGUCAUUCUGCGAAGCUAUCGAGCCAGCUCAUGGGAGACCUCCCUUCUCCUCGCGUUAAUCCAUCCUCCCCUUUCACGCAUACGGGAGUGGAUUACGCUGGGCCUUUCCUCAUUACUCCUUUCGUUGGGAAAGGACAGAAAGCGAGAAAAAAUUGGAUCGCGUUGUUCAUUUGUCUUGUCACCAAAGCCAUCCACUUGGAGCUAGUUGACGACUACUCCAGUGCAGGAUUCAUUUCCGCCUUUCGGAGAUUCGCCGGGCGUAGAGGCCUACCCAAGAAACUUUACAGCGACAACGGGACGAACUUCCACGGCGCUGACCGAGAGUUGCAGAACGCGUUCGAAGCUCUAAUGAAAGAUGCUUCUUUACAAGCCGACCUCGCGAAUGACAGAAUAGAAUGGCAUUUCAUACCGUCCGCGGCUCCUCAUUUCGGCGGAUUAUGGGAGGCGGGUGUGAAAAGUUUAAAAUCGCAUCUCAAAAGAGUAGCCGGUUCGCGUACCUUGUCGCAGGCUGAAUUCGCGACGCUUCUAUGCCAGAUAGAAGCAUGUCUCAACUCCCGUCCAAUUGCCGCCCUCAGCGACGACCCGAACGAUUUGUCUGCGCUAACGCCGGGCCAUUUUUUAAUAGGUCGACCUAUGGUGUCCGUACCUGAGGAGUCAGUACUCGCGAUAAACCCGAACCGACUCUCACGAUGGCAGCUCCUUAAUUCAAUGAAGGAGCAAAUUUGGCGUGCUUGGUCGCUGGAUUACUUGCAUACAUUACAGCAGCGCAAUAAGUGGACGGAUAAGUCCCCCUGUUAUCGCGUAGGAGAGCUCGCGCUUCUCAAGAACCCAUUGCUCCCUCCGAGCAAGUGGGAACUCGCUCGAAUUACUCAAAUCCAUCCGGGAUCCGAUGGACUUGUUAGAGUAGUCACGAUGCAAACUGCACGUUCCGUCUUAAAGCGACCAAUCACGUCACUAUGCCGACUGCCUAUUAAUUGCAAUACUGUAUGA